AUGGCGGAGCGUUCUCACCUGAUUCCCAUCACCGAGCGUGCCGCGUUCCUGGCGCGGGUCCAUGUCGGCACCACCAUUCCGCUUCUCGCCCUCUGUCUUGUCCCCUUCAUCGCCCGGAUAUACGUUCGGGUAUGGCCGGUAUGGAGACUUGGAGUCGAUGACUGCUUCAUGGUGGCCGGCCUGCUCUACCUGCAGCCCCAAGCGAUCACCAUCGAAGAAGCGGCAUUCGCGGCCAAGCUCGCCUUUUUCGCCAUCCCCGUGUGGUGCACAUCCAUGACCUUGAUCAAAGCCUCGGCCGUUCUUACCAUGCUCCGCCUUCCUCUGACACGAACCUCGGUCGCCGUGCUGUACUCAAUCGUGGCUGUCCAGGGCACUUACUGGCUGGCUGACGUGGUCUAUGCCUUCGCCAAAUGCCAACCCGCCUAUCUCGCCUGGAGCAUAACCGACCGCGAGAAUCAUUGCCCCAGCGAACGGACCGAUAUCCUCGUUUCCAGCAUCGGCUCGGCCAUCAACAUCACCACCGACAUCAUCAUCUCCAUCGCACCCAUGCUUCUCUUCUGGAAGUUGAGACGCCCUUUGCGCGAGCGGAUCCUCAUAUGCGGCCUGACGGGCAUCGGCCUCGUCGCAUCAUUUGCUUCUGUGCACAAAGCCGUCAUCGUGGGCCAGUGGGCCAACGUGAAUGACGACAAGUGGGAGAUGUCCAUGGCAAUCGCCACCUGGACCAUCACGGAGCAGUUUGUUUCCGUCUUGGCUGCCUGCAGCCCGUCUCUCAAAGGGCCAAUUGAGCGCCUCUUGAACAAGUUCGGAAUUGCGCUCGUCGAAGAUAGUUCGGACAUAUCUUUUGUGUUCGUACCCUCUCCGACAAAAGGCGAGGGGGUAGCGAUAGAACGAGAAAGACAGGAGCAGCACAGGGGAACCUAG